UUGAUAACGUCAUAUCGUACGUCCGUGUCCGUACAUCAAUUUUUGGGUUCCACAUUCAUGCUUCUGAUUUCUGAAUACAACUUACUGUCUGCCUAACAGAUUACAUUAUUAUUUUUUUGUAUUUAUUACAGUCAAGUACGCCGUGCAUUUAUUCCAAUCCGCCAUUUUUGUGACUUGUGGGUAAUUUUAGUUUGGUUCAAUAAUAUACAAUAUUGUUUAUAUUAAUCUACGAUAGUCCUGAGCAAAACCAUCAUGAAGUUGGUCAAGUUUUUGAUGAAACUAAGUCAUGAGACGGUGACAUUAGAACUGAAAAAUGGUACUAGUGUUCAUGGGACCAUUACAGGAGUUGAUGUAGCUAUGAACACUCACUUGAAAACUGUUAAAAUGACUAUGAAAAAUAAUCAGCCAGUACAUUACGAUACACUUAGCGUCCGUGGUAACAAUAUACGGUACUUCAUUUUACCGGAUUCACUAACCCUUGAAACACUGCUAGUUGACGAUACACCUAAAUCAAGGUUAAAUCGCAAUGGGCGAGGAACUCGUGGAGGAGCCGGAAGAGGAGGUCGUGGACGUGGAGGUCCAAGAGGAAGAGGAGGUCGUGGAGGACCUCGCGGCGGUGGAAGUCGAGGACGUAGUGGUGGACCACCUCGGCGUUAAAAAUAUAAUUCAUGUUCCUAAUAUAUUAGAAAAUAUUUUAAAUAUAUUAUUUUACAUAUUUUAAA